AUGCGGCUCCGAUCUUGCUUCUCCCUCGACAUCCCCCUGAUUAUGCUUGUCGCAUCGAUCCUCAAAGUAUUCUAUUGGUUCGGACAUUACUACUCGCUUUCGCUUCUUAUACAGGCGGUGAUCACGGUUGGAGUGCAAAUCAUCCUUCUCAAGGUUGCCCUGGAUAACCGGCCGUCGCCGGGAGUGAAGAAUAGCGUGGAACAUGUUCCGUUCAGCAAUCUUGAGGAGAAGGGGCUCGUCAGACCAUACGACUUCUGGCAAUGGAAGUCCGCAAAGCCUUACUGGAUGUGUUUGGCCUACUUCAUCGCGGGACUCUCCGUGGUCCAGAUCCUUCUGCCGCCCAUUGCUUACUCGGAAUUUUACGUGAACCUGCUUGGAUAUGCCGGUCUCGCCGUCGAGGCCACCCUUCCUAUCCCACAGAUCAUCGCGAACCAUCGAUCUCGUUCUUGCACGGGAUUCCGACUGUCGGUCGUGGCGGCUUGGAUUCUGGGUGACAUGAUGAAACUGAGCUACUUCUUCACCAGCGCAGAAGAGAUUCCCUGGUCCUUCAAACUGUGUGCUCUGUUCCAGUGCGUCUGCGACCUCUACUUGGGGUUGCAGUUCUGGAUGUAUUCGCGGCCAUCAUUCCCCGCUGCGAGCACCCCUCGGCCUCAGAACGCCGGUUGGGGAACUGAGGAGAAAGACAUACGGAUGACCUGA